GUAGCGCAGGAGCCAGGUAAUCAGCUGCAGGGUGAGUCUACUGUGGAACAAGUCACCAGCAGAUAACGACGAGCGACGAUGCCUGCACGCCCGUUACCGACGCCUCCAGGCCCCCCUGGCUUUCCACCUGGGAGUCCCUAUGCCCAGGAUUUCACCUGGUCAACUCCCUCAGAUCUUAUUAACCAUCCAAGUCCCUAUCCAUACCCAUCUCAGUUGCCUCCGACACAGGAUGUUUACGAGGGGGACACAGCGCAGAUGCUCCCUGCGGGCACCCUUCUUCACAAAGGUUUCUACGAUCUUCUUGCGAUGAUCCCAACUCCAUCCCCGUCACGUCUGUUUUGGGGCCAAGAGCGUGACCGUACAAUCCGCGCGCCUCCAGGCGCAGAGAUUGUCGCAGGUCCCCGUUACGAAGAUAUCAAACCUAUUCCAAUUGUCAAAGACCUACACCCUCCCUCAAGCCCCCCGGCCGUGAAGAAAAACCGUAGGAUAAGUAAAGAUAUGGUUGGCCGCCCAACUGGUUUCGUGCAUCUCGUACAUGCUUCUGAUGCAGACCAGUAUGAGGCGCUACUCGUACGUUGGGGCCCUGAUGGCCUCGGAAAGCUCGGAGACCCGCGUUGGGCAAAGCCCAUUAAAUCCAAGGUCCGAGAUAUGAAUCAGGCAAGAGCGGUGAAUCAAGUUGUCAACGCGCUCAAGCCUUCCCAAACUAGUGGCCAAGAUAGCCGCUUGCCUCUUCGAGUCGUCAACGGUGGCAGCACCAACACCUCCUCCACUGUCACUACCGCCGCGCGGGAGAAUGUACGGGUCUCUCCGGUAGAUGGUCUUCCUGGUGGCCGUCCGGGAAACUCCACCAUUCGUUGGGCCGGAGGACUAAUGGCUCACCCCGAAGAGGAUGAUACAUCUUCAAAGGCGCCCGAGCCCGAGCCAGUGGCUCCCCCGAGAAGCGUCGAGCCAUCCUUGGCUACACUCGAAAAAGCAGUUUCCGCUCGGAUCUUCUUUGAGAAUCUUUACUUCCCCUUGUUACGACAGCCUCCGUCUCGCGAACAACGAAGACUGGCGAUGGAAAAGGAUAUGACGGAUAUGUGCCUCAGUGAAGAGCAGAAAGAGAUGCUGCGAGGCCGCUGGCGCCAGAAUGAGACCGACUAUCUGCGUGAACGUCGGCGGAAGGUCGAUGUGACCGCCUUUAUCAAGCUCAAGACCAUCGGGCAUGGAGCGUUUGGUGUAGUUUCCCUCGUCAAAGAACGAGCUACGGGUCAGCUGUAUGCUAUGAAACAGCUUCGAAAGGUAGACAUGCUCCGCAAAGGCCAAGAAGGCCACGUUCGUGCGGAACGAGAUGUUCUUAAAUCAGCCUCCUUGGUUACUUCCCCAGGCGGAGCGGAAUGGAUUGUCAAGCUACACUACAGUUUUCAGGACCGCGAUAACCUCUAUCUGGUCCUUGAGUACAUGGGCGGCGGAGAUCUACUAAACCUGCUAAUUGAGCGCGAUGUCUUUGAAGAAGACUUCACGCGAUUUUACGUCGCCGAGAUGAUCUUGGCCAUUGAAUCAUGCCACAAACAUGGCUUCAUUCAUCGCGACAUUAAACCGGAUAACUUCCUUUUCGAUCCGGAGGGGCACAUUCGUUUGAGCGACUUUGGACUUGCUACUGACCUUCAUUGGGCUCACGAUACAUCCUACUAUGAACAACAGCGCCGGCAUCUGCUUCACAAACAUGGCAUUGAUUUGGAUGACGGCAACGGCAUAGCGGACGGAACCAAAACAAGGCGAAUGGAUCGGAAGGACAUCGAGCUGCUCAUGGGCGACAGCUCGGGCAAAGGUGGCAUUUUCACAUGGCGAGAGAAAAACCGUAGGAAGCUUGCGUACUCUGUUUGCGGUACCAAUUCGUAUAUGUCACCGGAAGUAAUCCGAGGGCAAGGUUACUCGUUUUCCUGCGAUUGGUGGAGCCUCGGUGUGAUUAUGUUCGAGUGUUUGUACGGGUUCCCCCCAUUCGUCAGCAACUCGCGCCAUGUAACGCGGCAGAAGAUCCUCAACUGGAGGCAAUCGCUCAAAUUCCCGUCUCGGCCACACGUCUCACAGGAGGGAAUUAACUUGAUGAAACAACUGCUGUGCGAGCCAGAGGAUCGCCUUGGAAGCCAGGCGUCGUCCUCGGUGUUCAGGCCUGACUCCCUCGCCGUUCACGGCAGGCGCAGUGGUUUCAUGCUGCCUGGCACAGCGACUGGCUGCAUUGACGGCGCCCACCUCAUCAAGGCUCAUCCUUGGUUCCGUGGCAUCGACUGGCAGAGCAUUCAUCGCUACCCGGCGCCUUAUAAGCCCGAGCUCAUCACUCCAGAGGACACCAGACAUUUCGACUCCGACAUCCCAGCGGAGCCGCUUGCGCCAGCCAAUGGGGCUCCGCCUGAUGCUACCAAAGACCCCUUGUUGAGGGACAGGCUGCACGGGGAGGAAAUUCUCAAUGUACGCAAAGCACUUGCAUUUGCAGGCUUCACACACAAGGCACCCCGCGUUAUCAACUACGCGCGUGCCGACCAAGCGUUUGCGGAUCCGGGGUUGCCCGACAUGGGCGACCAGGAGACCAUCCGUGGACGGUCCAGAUUCCGACAGUCGCGCGACAUUGGCACGGGCAGAGCGAUCUCUCUCUAGAGACCUAGGCUCUAGAGCGAGCGAGCGAGCGAGCAGACGGCCCGCCUUACACGUUGUACCCAACCUGUGCUGCAAGCCGGGGUGCUUAUCAUGACUGGACUGAUACUAAUGAUGACGAUCGCGAUGACGUUGCGUGGCACCCCCACGUCCCAUGAAUGACCCUCGUCGCCUCUGCGCAAAGGCAGCGUGGCUCACGACUACCUUAGUGAUUUAAUCUGCGAUUUAAUUCUGAUACCCACCCUCGUGGACCUUAAACCUGUGUCAUGUACUACAGAUUUUAUUACCGUUGUAUACGAUUCUUGCUUCCCCGUUGUUUGUACGUCUGCUAUCCAUACACAUCAAAGCACAACAUGUAUGCUAUACUAACCCC